AUGGAUCUGCCUCCUGGGUUCUUGCCCCCUAAUUCUUCUUCUAAUACAGUCUGCAAAUUACAUAAAUCCCUAUAUGGACUAAAACAGGCUAGCCGACAGUGGUUUUCAAAAUUAUCCACUGCUCUUAUCUCCCUUGGAUAUUCACAUUCAUAUGCUGACCAUUCUUUAUUCACAAAACUACAUAAUUCUCAUUUCACUGCUCUUCUAGUCUAUGUUGACGAUAUUGUCUUGACAGGUGAUGAUCUACAGGAAAUACAUUCUGUCAAACGAUUUCUUGAUUCCACAUUCAAAAUCAAGGAUCUUGGCAAGCUUAAAUACUUCCUUGGAUUGGAAGUUGCACAAUCCACUCAAGGUAUCUUUCUCAAUCAAAGGAAGUAUGCAUUGGAAUUGCUUGAGGACAGUGGUUUAUUGGCUACAAAGCCUAGUCCAACUCCCUUUGAUUACUCCUUGAAACUACAUGACAGUGACUCACCCCCCUAUGAAGAUGAAACAGCCUAUAGAAGACUUGUUGGCCAACUGUUAUAUUUGACUACAACCAGGCCUGAUAUUGCUUUCAUUGUUCAGCAACUUAGUCAACUUAUAUCUAAGCCAUUACAAGUUCAUCACUCUGCAGCAAUUAGAGUGCUUAAAUACCUCAAAAGUGCUCCUGCUAAGGGAUUGUUUUAUUCUUACUCCUCCACACUCAAACUUUCUGGUUUUGCAGACUCGGAUUGGGCAAGUUGCCCUGCUACUCGCAGAUCAGUGACUGGUUACUGUGUCUUCCUUGGCACAUCUCUGCCGUCUUGGAAAUCCAAAAAGCAGUCCACAGUGUCCAGGUCUAGUUCAGAAGCGGAAUAUAGAGCUUUGGCUAGCUUAACUUAUGAACUACAAUGGUUACAGUAUUUGUUUAAGGAUCUUCACAUUCCUCUUAAUCAACCUAGCUCAGUCUACUGUGAUAACAAGAGUGCAAUCUAUCUUGCUCACAACCCCAUUUUUCAUGAGAGGACAAAACAUAUUGAAAUUGACUGUCAUGUCAUUCGUGAAAAAAUACAAACUGACCUCAUUCACCUCCUGCCAGUUCCUUCUGCUGCACAAUUGGCAGAUGUACUUACCAAGCCAUUGCCUGCUUCCUCCUUCAAUUCAUUGAUUUCCAAGCUUGGUCUAUUAGACAUUCAUAGUCCAGCUUGUGGGGGGCUAUUACAUGAUGAAAAUAGUGAUGUAAAUAAUAACUCUAUUUAA